UACCAUCAAAGUGUCGUCGUCAGUGAAUAUAAGGGCUGCCAGCCUUGGCGAGGCUCGCCUCACGAGGAACCGCUUGAAAUACCUUGCUGCUUUGCAAGCCGCUACUUUGGGAUCCGGACUAGAGGCUCAUCUGCAUCUCGAGAUACAACAGAGCAACAGCAGCAGCAAUUCGACAAGCAUGCGGCCAGAGAGUCAAGGCAACAACAGCAUGUUGGGUGAGGACGCGGCCAAGGUAACACCGCUCGACUUGAGCGAUGGCAACAACAACGCUCAGCAGGAGUUGGCCAGUCAGGCGGCUACGGCUGGCUCGGCGAGCAUAGCCUCCGAGAUCUCGCCCUUCAUCCCGACAGCGGCGUCGCUCAUCGCGCCGCCCAUGCUCGACUCGUCGCUUCAGCAAGCCAUGAAUAUGGCCGGACCUUCGUCCGCCUCGAGCUCUCCCAUGAGGGACAGCUCCAACUCGUCCUUGGACGACUCGAUGACGCAUCGCACCUCCAAAGUUACCGGAACAAUGAAGCAGCGAAGAAAGGCAAAAGGUAAAACCUCUUUCUCGCCGGCCAAUCGAGCUUCUGCGUCCAAUAAGCGACUCGCCAAGCCGCUUUUGCCGGAGGAUAAGCUCAAAGCCAUAGAAUGUGUUUUAAUUCACGGGCAAACCAAAGCUUCGGUUGCUCGUAACUACAGAGUACCCGAAUCUACGUUGAGGGGUUGGUGCAAAACUCACGCUGCUUCUACGGAACAGAAGAACUCGAAGCCCCAGAGAGAAGAUGAAUCGUCGGCGAGCAGUGCCAGGUCUGAAUCACCGAUGAACAACCCCUUGACAUAUCCUGUUGCUUCGUUAGCAGCUAAUACGUGCACCGUACCCAAUGAAAGACGUCAACACAACGACUCGGACGCUGAUGCACAGUUUGAAAACAAUUUAGCCGCAAUCAAUCCGGUCAUCAUGCAGAAUUAUCAAAAUUAUCUGAAAACCCCAGCAGGUGCACUGAACCCCGAAGCAGCGACCCAAUUUUUAAAAGUUUAUUCUAAGAUAGCCUCAGCAUUACCAUUUGUGACCGGCACCGCAGGUCUUAGUCAAAUGGCUUUAAGUCUCGCGCAAAACAACUCUCUCUUCGUGCCCGAUGGACUUCAAAAUGCCAAGUCAAAUGUGAUUAAUAAUAAUUCAGCUGCUCAAACUAGUCAGGCUAAUUUUUCAUCAACGAGUGAAGUUUACAAAACAUAUUUUAACGCAGUGCGAGAAAGCGCAUUAAAAAGUGCAAAUCAACAAAAUGCAAAUGCAUUUUUUUUGACAAACCAAGCUUUGAAUAAAAAUAAUAGCACAAAUGACCACAAAUCGCAACAUACAAUUGCGUGGAUUUCACAACAGGCACAGAUUAGAAAAAUAGUGGAACAAGAACAAGCUCAUGCACAAGCACAAGCACAAGCAAAGUUACAACCACUGCAAAAACAGCUGCAUCAACAACAAUCACAACAACAGGCGGCGAAUCUUUUGAAUGGAGGUACGUUCUCAAAUGUAAACAGUACGGCGGGGUGGUCUCCUUUGGUGUCAGCAACUUCAGCUGUAAACUCAACUAGUUCAGUGACAUCUACCGUGACUUCGCAAAACUGUAACAAUAAACCAUCUAGAGGGAUCAAGUCGAUCUCUGAUAAUCCAUUGCUAUUGAGUCAAACUAGUACAAAUCAUGAUUUGGAGGGGUGUUUAAACUUAAUAAAAAAAGAGAAAGAAGUCAGUAAUAAUCAAACCAACGGAUCCACAAUGACUGAAGAGGAUAUGAAAGCUGGUGUAGCCACAGGUGAAAAAUUCAUGCAAUUCUUAGAGGAAUGUAAAGAUCCAUCAGUUACUCAAGUUCAGCUCAAUCUCAUCAGGACAGUAUUAAAAAACCUCAAAGUAAAAGGUAGAAAAUCUCCGACACCGAAGCGAUGUCGAAAACAAGCAACACAUAUGACUCAGAAGAUGUAAAAUGGUACAUAUUAUGGUAGCAUGUAUUUAAGUUUGUUUACUUGUAAGUUUAGCUUGAUAAACAUUUUUUUUUUUCAAAAUUUUGAACUUAUGCAAUAAUUAUUAAUUUAUAAUCUCAUCGCACAUAAAUUGUGAAACUGGAAAGUUAUAUUAAUGAAAAUGAUCAUGAUCAAAGCUAUUCAAAAUAAAGCUUGUCUUUACGUAGAUAUAUUUAUUCAUGUAAACAUACAUGUGUGUAAAUAGGUAUUUAUAAGACAAAUUUAUUAUACCUAAGUUUUAUUUUUUAUUGUUUUAAAAAUUUUUAAAAUGACGGUUUUUAAUAAAUUUAUGUUGUCAACUUUGUUUUAUAAAUAAGUCUUAUAAAUCUCAAAUCUUUAUCUUGAGACAAUGCGUUGAUAGCUGUUUCUUUUUUCAUACAUAUUUUUUUUAUCUAAGUGCAAUUACUUCAAAUAUGAAAAUUGCAUUCUUACAAAGUAAAGAAGAAACACAUUCCAAAUUUUUGGUUAAGUUUCAAUUAUUUAGACAUAAUGUACAGCAGUGAAUCUAGCGUCUCAGAUCACUGGACCGAUUUUCUCUUGAAAAUCAUUUUCUCAUUUAAGAUUAAUAUAAGAAACUUAAGUAAUAGCAAAUUUUUUGCUUCAAAGCUUUUUUAUGUAAAAAGUUAGCCAUAUUAAUUUUAUAUCAUCGUGAUGAUCUUGUCGUGAAAUGUAUCAAUUAUUAUUUAUAAUGAAUGUUCGAUAAACUUACCAAUAAAACAGGCUGAGCAAGUGGAAUAUACUUGAAAAAGUCACCUACAAAUUUGGUACAUCCUUCAUAGGUACUCAGCUCAGCAUGUGGUAGCAAAGCUCGUCUGAUUUUUGUUGAAACAAAUUUCUGAAUUAUAUAAGUCGAAAAAUAAAUAAUGCUGUAUUAUAUGCGAUAAAAUAGUAUUUUUUCAGUACCAUACUAUUAAAUUUAGAUGCACAUGCUGAUGUAUCGAACAAUAAUCUUUUAAAGCUAAUGAAGCUAAAUUGGUUGUAAUAGAAAUUGUUGAAAGUAUUAAGAAAAUUUAUUAAACUUUGUACAUAAAUAAUUGAUUUGUAAUACAAAAAUUAAUAUACACUUGUAUGUAACGAUAUAUCAGUGCGUGUCAAAAAAUCAAUAAUACCAAAGUGUUUUAAUGUAGACAAAGUUAAGUUUUCUUUUUAAUUUCAUUUUUGUACAUACAUUGUAAAAAUCAUUUUCACCAUUGUAA